AUGUAUGGUGCUAAAGGAAAAGGGAGUGUGAAGAAUCAGUACGUUAAUGGUGUGGUAAUGGGUGUUCCGCCACUGGGUCCUUCGAGAUCAUUGACUGGUGGGUAUGGGCUCUGGGGAGACGGUUCGUCGUCUUCAUCUUUUUUCCCGUUUGAUCACUCUGGGAAUCAAGCUUUGAAUGGCAGGAAUAGUGUUUCAGGGCAUUUGAGUUCUUCUGGGGUGUUGAAAGGCUACAAUGAAGAGAAUCUGGGGUUGUGUGAUGAUCUUUACAGAAUGAAUAUUGGGAAGGGAGCAGGGGAGUAUGGGGGUAGUAAUGGGAAAUUAGGAUCAAAUGAAUCUGGGGUGGGAUUUGAGGAGGUUUGGAUGAAUGGAACAGUGGGGAGUAAUUUGAAGUGUAAUAUUGGGAGCCUUAAAGGGUCUGAAUCAGUGUUAUUAGAUAGUCAUAAGUAUUCAUUUGGAGGGCAAGUGUAUAAUGUGGAUGAUUCAGUGAGGCCAUUUUGUUCUGAUUCUCAGAAGGGGAGAAUGGAUCAUCUCUUGGAGAUGAGUAAAUGGCAGAAGAGAGGAGAAUCUGAAUUUCAAAAUCCUUGUGUUAUGAAUAGACCAAGUUUUGGUGGUGAUGGUGAAGGUCUCUUUUCUCAUGGAAAUGAUGAUGGAGGUGGAGGUAAUAAUGGUUUAAGCCGUUUGCAACGCUCCGAGCUGAUAAACCGUGGACUUGGAUUGAACCAUCCUUGUUUCAUGAAUGGGGCUAGUGGUGAUGAGGGUUUCUGGUCAUCACAGUAUCCUGUAACUGAUGAUGGAGAUAACAAGCUGUUAAGCCCAUUUAUUGGUUCUCAGUUGAUGAAACACAGGCAGGGAUGGAAUUCUGGAUAUGACUGUUCAACUCCUGUUCUUAACCAAUGGCCUAGAGGGUUGCCAAAUGGCAUGGUUGAUCCAUCUUUUUGGCCAAAUUCAAGGGAUUGUGAAACUGUUGGUUCUAAACAAAACUUCAUUUCACUAGAAGAAGCUCUAAAAUGCUAUGCUAAUGACAAUUUAAACUGUUUAAAGGCUCAGAAAAUGAAUGAGGCGUCAAUGCCAAGAUUCAGAGAGAAAAAUAUUAAAACAUACAAUGAAGAGUGCCAACAUGGGGGCUUUUGUCAAGAUGAUUUGAGACAUAGUGUGGCGUAUCGUGAAGGUUCUCGUGGUGAUGGUUUUGGGAUAUCGGUUACUAGUCCCAUGCCUUCGCAACCAGUCCAUAAUUCACUGAUGAGUGUUCAAGACUAUAUAUGUAAAAUAGCUAAGGAUCAGCUUGGGUGUAGGGCUUUACAGAGGGCAUUUGAUCAAGGGACCUUUCAAGAUGUGCAGUUAAUAUUUGAUGGAAUCAUUGAUCAUAUUGUGGAAUUUAUGGUGGAUCAAUUCGGGAACUACCUAGUGCAGAAGUUAUUGAAUUUCUGCAAUGAUGAGCAGAGGUUGCAAAUCGUGCUCAGGGUGACUAGAGAACCAGGCCAGCUAGUGAGAAUUUCAUUGGACACACAUGGGACUCGUGCUGUGCAGAAGCUAAUAGAUACAAUGAAAACAAGGCAGGAAAUUUCAUUAGUUAUACAGGCCCUUGAACCUGGUUUUCUUGAUCUUGCUACUGAUCUUAACGGGAAUCAUGUCCUGCAGCGUUUCUUGCAAUCUCUUAGCAAGGAACAUAAUAAGUUUAUUAUGAACGCUGCUGCAAAAUACUGCUUUGAGAUUGCUACUCACCGGUAUGGAUGCUGUGUGCUAAACAAAUGCAUCGGUUAUGCAAGUGGAAAACAUCGCGAGAAGUUGCUGGCAUGCAUUUCGUUUCAUGCUCUUAUCCUUGCUCAGGAUGCUUUUGGAAAUUACGUGAUCCAAUAUAUCAUAGAGCUCAAGAACCACUCCGCUGCUUCCCUGCUGCUUUCCCAGUUCGAAGGGCACUUUGUACACCUCUCGAAGCAAAAGUUUAGCAGCCAUGUCGUCGAGAAGUGCUUGAAAUUUAUCGAAGAAAGCCGGGCAAUAAUCAUUCAUGAAUUGAUCUCAGUGCCUCAAUUCGAACAGCUGCUUCAAGACCCUUUUGCCAACUAUGUCAUUCAAUCUGCCCUUGGAGUCGCCAAGGGACCACUCCGCGCUUUGCUAGUUGAUGCGGUGAGGCCUCACGUGGCUCUUUUGCGAAGCAAUCCAUUCUGCAAGAAGAUUUUGUCUCAAAACAUCUUGAAAAAGAAAUGAUCGAUAUAUAUAUGAUGGUGAAAUGUUGUUGUUUAAUUAAGUAGUAUAUACCUUCAAAGUUCAAAGUAGUGACUUAUGGUUUAUCUUUUGGUGGAAUGUGGGCUUAUCUUUUGGUGAAGGGAUGAUAAUGGCUGAAGGUGUUGUAUGUAAAGCAAGUUUUGGGAGAUUGUUUUUGUGGGCAGUGAACAAUGGUGCUGUUCUAUUGAUAGAGGGUCCAGCAGAUAUUUUUCCCUGCUAAGAAAUGCUUGUGCUUUUGUUUAGGUCAUUUUUCAUUGACAUUUUGAAAGAAACAGUAGUGAAAGGAAAAGAAGCAUGGGAUACUUUCUGUAGUCUCAAGAUGAAUUCAAGCAUGAGCUCUUUUUGAUAAGGUAGGAAAAACCAAAAAAAUAUAUAUAAAGAUU